AUGGAAGCACUAACUACUCUUAGAACGAAAAUUAAUCGUCUUAGUUUUACUUCAAAUAAGCAAGAUAGUUUGCAACAAGACCUUGAUAUAAUUUCUUUGGAGAAAAAAUUUGAAAAAAUUAUCAUAAAUGAAGUAGGUAGACUUAAACUUGAAGUGAAACGUGAUCUUAGGAAAAUACGUCAUACUAUUAAGGCAUCACAACAUUUAAUAUAUCAACCUUUUUUUGUAAACACUAUUAAUGAUUUAUGUUUAGGUACUGUAAAUGAAACCGAUAAGAGUAAAAAUAUGAAAACCAAUAGAACUCUAAUUAACUUUUCAUUCGCUAUAACUGAUAGUAGCGUAAAAUCGACAGAAAAGUUUCACAAACUGCCUAAUAAAAGCAAAAAUACAAAUCCCACUGAAGUAGAGAUACAAGAUUACUUUAUAGCUGAAUGCAAGGCCCUAGAAUAUAAAUCAUCUAUAAGAAACAAGCUUGUUAUUAGGGAUACGCAUUCUUCACCAUUUUUAAGAACUCAGAAAUCAGAUUUUAUUUUCAUUCCAAAAAAUUCACGUUUAGAUAUGUUGAAUUGUGUUGCUGUUGGUGAGGUAAAGAAGCGAGACAGUGAAAAUUUUAGCAAUGCACAUAUAGGACAAGCAAUAACAUUUGGCGAAAAAGUACUCCAACUUCAACCACGGCGAAACUUUGUAUUUGCAGUGUUGACAGAUUGUAUUGCAAUUAAUAUCUAUAAGGUAAUUAGAAUGAAUACUAUUGACAAUCCAAAUCUGAACACUAUAUUCAAUUACAAAUAUAUAGUAUCUCAGUCUUUAGAGCAUCCUAAAAAAGAAUUGGAAUGGAUAGAACCAAUAUUGUCAUUUGGUAAUGAAAGGAUAAAUCUGAUUCGAGCUAUUAGUGUGAGCAGAAUGAGUGUUCUAUAUAAAGAAAAAUGCAAUGGUGAAUCUAUGACUGUAAAGAUAGCAAAGAAAUUAGAUUAUUUUAUUACAGAAUUAAGUGUACUGGAGAGACUGGAAUCAUCUUAUAUCCUAAAGAUCCUUUUUCACAAUAAUAAUACUCUUAAGCCUAUCUUCUUGCAAGCUCAAAGUCAAAAAUAUUGCAUGAAAAAUUUUCUGAUCAGUGGGGUAUUAUAUCUUAAAAAAUUACAUCUAAUUCUCUGUUUCCUGAGUAAAUGA